AUGCCGACCCGUGAGCCUGCCGCGCCCCAUGGAGGUCCUUCCUCCAAAGCCAGUGCCGACAGCGAGAAGUCAAAAAUCGAGUCUUUAGGUCAACCACCGCAGAGUAAACCACGAGAAGCGCCUGGGAUAGUCGACUUCGAAGGCCCAACUGAUCCCUACCUCCCUAUGAACUGGCCGUUCCGAAAGAAAGUCAUCACAACACUUCUAUACGGCCUGACAACUUGCUGGGUCACGUUUGCUUCAUCCAUCUACUCUUCCGGCCUCCGAUCCAUCAGCGAUGAAUUCCACGUAGGCAACGAGGUCUCGUCUCUAGGCAUUUCCUCGGUAUUGGUCGGAUUCGGUCUUGGGGUGCUAGUAUGGGCACCCAUAGGUGAAUUGUACGGUCGCAAAUGGUCAGCUCUGACUCCUUACUUUAUCGCAGCUGUCUUUGCCUUCGGUACAGCGACCGGAAAGGACAUUCAAACAGUCGUCAUCACGCGAUUCUUCCUUGGGCUUUUUGGAAGUGCUCCAAUAACCAACGUCGGUGGUGUUAUGGCAGAUAUCUGGUCACCUCAAGUUCGUGGUAUCGCCCUGGUUAGCUACGGCUUGUGCGUAAUCGGGGGCCCGACCAUCGGGCCGGUCAUUGGUUCAGCGCUCACAUCAAGUUAUCUCGGUUGGCGCUGGACAUCAUAUCUCACAGGUAUCCUGAUGAUGACUCAGUUCACUGCCGAUGUGUUGAUGUUGGACGAGACUUUCCCGCCUGCCCUGUUAGUGCACAAGGCGCGCCGACUAAGACUCGAAACAAAUGACUGGUCUUUCCAUGCCAAGCACGAAGAAAUGGAUGUUUCCUUCAAGGCAAUCUAUGAAAAACAUCUUGUCCGGCCUCUUCGAAUAUUGUGUACUCCGAUUUGCCUCCUCAUAACUAUCUAUACUUCAUUCGUCUACGGGAUUCUUUACGCCAGCUUAGAAGGUUACACGAUUGAAUACCAAGAAAAUCGCGGCUGGAAGCCGGUAGUCAGCAGUCUCCCAUUCCUAUCCCUUCUGGUCGGCAUGUUCUGCGGAGCGGCUCUCAAUGUUUGGAAUAACAGAUACUACGUCCAACGAUUCAAAGCAAACGGCAACAGAUCUGAUCCCGAGGCAAGGCUUCCUCCUAUGAUGAUUGGUGGUAUUGCAUUCACUGGUGGCAUGUUUCUAUUCGGUUGUAAGUGA